GCAAACAAUUUUCCUUUUUUCCUGGCUCAUAAAACUCAGUCUGUGCCUCCACCAUUCAUUUCGCCACCACUUCGUCCGAAAAUUAAGGGAACAGAAUGACCUGAAAAGUAGAGAGAAAACAAAUGCCUCCUCCUCCUCCGACAUCAAUUUCUCUUUUGGCGAGGAAAAAUGAGCGUCAUCGACAUCCUCUCCCGAGUCGACUCAAUAUGCAGGAAAUACGACAAGUAUGAUAUCGAGAAGCAGCGCGAACUCAAUGCCUUCGGCGACGAUGCCUUCGCUCGCCUCUACGCCCAUGUCGAAGACGAAAUCCAAGCCCUUCUCCUGAAAGCGGAGAAGUCUGCGAUGGAAAGUAAUAGGGCUGUUGCGGUGGCCACUAAUGUGGAGAUUCGUCGGACAAAGGCCCGAUUGAUGGAAGAACUUCCUAAGCUGCGUAAAUUGGCUCAGAAGAAGGUUAAAGGGUUGUCCAAAGAAGAACUAGAAACACGUAAUGAGCUGGUUCUUGCAUUGCCAGAGAGGAUUCAAGAAAUACCAGAUGGGACAGAAACUGCUCCCAAAAAAGCUGGAAUUUGGGCACCUUCCGCCUCUCAUAAAAAUAUCAAGUUUGACUCAUCAGAUGGAAAUUUUGAGAGUGAGUUUUUUCAGCAAACUGAAGAGUCAAAUCAAUUUCGGCAAGAGUAUGAAAUGCGGAAGAAGAGACAGGAUGAAGGUCUAGAUAUCAUAUCAGAAGGAUUGGGUACGUUGAAAAAUUUGGCCGAAGAUAUGAAUGAGGAAAUGGACCGACAGGUCCCGUUAAUUGAUGAGAUAGAUACAAAGGUGGAUAAGGUCACAUCUGACAUAAAAUCUAAUAAUGUGAGGCUCAAGGAAAAUCUUUACAAGAUGAGAUCGAGCCGAAAUUUCUGCAUUGACAUUAUUCUGCUGUGUAUAAUACUGGGAAUUGCCUUAUAUCUAUACAAUUUACUAAGAUGAAGUUACUUAUAAAAUGCUAUAGCGGCUUCUUGGACCAUAUCUAGUUGUUAACAAUGUAUGUCAUGAUGCUUAUGAAGAAUACUAAAAAUGAGAUAGAGAGAGAAACUUGAAGUGGAGCAGAAAAAGAUGUGGCACAUGGAGAUUGGCAAUUUGCAAGACAUGACCUCUUGGGAUUGAAGCUUUCAUUUCAUAUCAUAUCAUGUCGUUCGGAAAUUCGCACAAAAUCCAAUUUACCUGGUGCCCUAAUGCUCUUUACAAGAGUUUGAUCCAUUCUUACUUUUGAUGUUUCUUAUGUUCAAACUCUAAUUAAAAAAAAAAGUCCUAAA